CAAAAUUUAUUGCUUAUAGUCCAGGCCAGCGUCCUUCUGUCGUCAAAUUUUUACAUUUAUCAAGCCAACCAUCGCCACAUUACCAAUAUACAAAGAACAUUGGCAUUCUAUUCUGUUUUCUUUCUUCAUUUUUUUGUAGCACACAUCAUUUACGGACAAAAUAACAACACAAUACAAAACUUUGCAUUUUGUUACUUUGCCAUAUAUAUAUACAUACAUAUAUUGCACGCGAACCUAACACUAAUCAAUUAGUAUUCAUUCACUUGACACAUCCAUUUGCCAUGUUGUUCUUUAGCAAAUUGAAUCCCGCCGGCUACGUCAUAGUGGCAGCUCUCGCAAGCCAUGCCGCCGGUUCCAAGUGGUCACUUACACAAAUGACCGCUGAAGAACGUGGGCGCACCUGCCACGAACAAGUCAGCUUCUGUUACAACUCUUGCGGGUCGGUCGCCAACACAUCAGUAAACUUUUGCAAUAUGCGGACCAUGGGCUGGAACUGCGCUUGCGUUGACGGAUCGGGAGAAAAGAGGGUGCCGCACUUUGAGUGGCCCAUUGAGGUCGCUGAAUGCGGCGCUGCACUGAAAGUCUGCAAUAAGGGCUGCAUCGAACGACCAAAUGAUAAUAAUAGAGGCGCGUGCUUUACCACAUGCGCAACAGAUUAUCCCUGCAACACAAUCGAGGCCCCGUUCAGCAGCCUACGCGUCCAGAAUAUCAAUGACAAGCCCGCUGGAUACAUGCCGCCAACCGAUGACAAGGACAUUGAGCUGACUAUUGGCAUGAAGUUUGGCGCCAACACGCCCGGGAUGGACGAGGCCGACAAGCGCCUGCAGAAAGCCACAGACCCAGGAACCCUGCCCAAGAUUGCUCCUAGAGUUGACGACAACGCAGGCGCUGCUAAGGGCGGCAAGGGCAACAAGGAUAAUAGCCACGUCAAGGGAGCAGGUGCCAACGGUAGCGGCAAAGACGGCGACUACAAGAAGGGAGCUCAUCCCGAAAGCGGCAACGACGGAGUGUUGGUUUCCGCCGGGGCAGUCAAUGGGCUGCCAUUUGCCCACACGCUUGCUGUCGCUGCAGCUCUGGUCCUGAUGCAAGUGACAAUAUAGUUACAUAUACACAUACAACGCGUCACGCGAUGCGGUUUC